AUGCACCUGACCACUGCAACGCGUCCGGACAUUGCGUUUGCUGUGGGCUAUGUGUCGCGGUUCAUGGAAAAUCCCCAAGAAGAACACUGGGUUGCAGUUAAGCGUAUCUUUCGCUACCUACAAGGCACCAAGACGCAUGGAAUUUGCUACAAGCCAAGUGCAAGGAUCGACUUCCGUGGAUAUUCGGAUGCGGAUUGGGCUGGUGAUCUUACCGACCGCAAGUCAACAUCGGGGUACACGUUCAUGCUACUCGGUGCGCCAGUCAGUUGGGGCAGCAAGAAGCAGCUAAGUGUUUCGUUGUCCACGAGUGAAGCCGAAUACAUCGCACUCAGCUUGGCGAUUCAAGAGGGCAAGUGGAUUUUCAUCGUCUGCUUUGUGAGAUCGUGA